GGACUCUAGUUGUGGGAAGCCUCUCUCCUUCCUGCUCUCUUUCUUCUUCCCUUCUCCUCCCUUCUCCCCAUUGAGGUUGGGCUUCCCAGGUUAGGCAGCCAUGGUGCUUCCUGUCUCCCCCUCCCCUCCACUUCCAUUGCGACCCCCAAAUCCGAGCAGAGCCCCUUGGAGGGGAGAGAUUGGAGCCAGAUCCUGCUGAAGGGAGCCCCCCCUCAGCCUCCAGAGGAGGACAUUUCUCUCUCUCUCAAUCAAUCCCUUCAGCUUUUCAGAUCCUCAGGAGGGAGGCUUCCAGGCCUAAGAAGCCAGUCUCCCCCAGGAAAGGCAGCAAGAGGGCACUGGGGUCCCCCCUCAAGGAAAGAGGGACCCCCCCACCAUCAUUUGUCUUUUCACACACACCCUCCUGGGAGCCUUCUCCUCAAAGUUAUGGGGGUCCAACUGUAACUUCAGAGGAAAGUGUUCACCUCUCAGCAGAAUCCAAACAAAAUGCCUCCAAAACGGUCCAAAGUGAAAGGUCCUGCGGCAUCAGGUCAGAAAAGACGACCAAAGGGUCAGAGGAAGUCAGAAGAGCAGCCGCAGAACUUUUUUCUGGUAGACAAGAAGGGUAAAGUGGACAUUCUUCAUAAAAAGGUGAGGAAACGCAAAGGCACCACUGCUCCACAGAGAACCUCCUCAGGAGAGAACUCGAGCAUUUGCACAGAGUGUGGGCAAACUUUUGUGCAGAGCUCUGAUCUGAUUAACCACCAGAGAAUCCACUCUGGAGAGAAGCCCUAUAAAUGCUCAGAUUGUGGGAAAACAUUCAGCGUCAGUUCCAACCUGAGUAGGCAUCAGAGAAUCCAUACAGGUGAGAAACCAUACCUUUGCUCUGAGUGCGGGAAAAGUUUUACUGACAAAUCGACCUUGGUUCAACAUGUCCGGACCCACACUGGAGAGAAGCCCUAUCAGUGUAUUGACUGUGGGAAAACAUUCAGCCGCAGCUCCCAUCACAAGCGGCAUCUGAAGAGCCCACCAGGAAAACAGCAAAGCAAAUGCAGCCACCCAGAGGGCAGUGCUGCCACCAACUCAUUGGCUCCUAGCAAAGGCAAAAAGACCAGAGUCUCCAAGAAGCAAAAUCCUCCCUUUGAAAUCCCCCACACAUGUGCUGAAUGCUGGCAGAGCUUCAACCAGACCUCAGAUCUGGUCAAGCACAUGCGCAUCCAUACGGGCGAGAAGCCCUUUGAGUGCAAUCACUGUGGGAAAUGUUUCAAUGUCAGCUCCAACCUUAUUAGACACAAGAGAAUCCACACAGGGGAGAAGCCCUACACCUGUGCUGACUGUGGAAAGAGCUUCACCGACAAAUCUACUCUCACCCAGCAUAACCGCAUCCACACAGGGGAGAAGCCAUAUACAUGCACUUACUGUGGGAAGAGUUUCAGCCGCAGCUCUCACCACAAGAGACACCAACGGAUCCAUGCAGGAGAAAACCCGGUCUCUUUUCUGCCACUGUGGCCUUACCCUAACCAGAUGUAUUGAGAAGUCCUUUGGUGGAUAGAAUGUACAUGGAACUUUUGUCCAGCUGAAGCUCCUGCUCCACUCCUAACCUCACAGCACCAGGAUUUAAUCAAUAUAUUGCUGACACAUUCACCUUACAAUUGCUAAGAGAUAGCAUUCCCCUGGAAACUGCCCAGAUAAUUAGAAUAAUAUGAUAGAACAGAGAACAAAUUUCGAAUCUUGUAAGUCAGAACUCUAUAUCAAAUUGUUUGGUGGGUGUCAUUGGAGCUCUCUUCUCUGGACCCUUCUUCCAUCUUUUGCAAGGAUUCCUGUCUUUUCCAUAUCUGUUCUUAAACAUUCUUUUUUAUUGAAUGGUAUCUAAGA